CGGGAGGAGCCGCCGUCGCCACCGCGGCCGAGCGAGCGCCGUCGGGGCUGGCGGGCAGGAAGGAGCGGCGAGCCCGAGCUGGUGGGGGGGAGCCGGGAGAGCGCGCCCACCACCUUCCCUUCCCCCCUCGAUGGGAGCGGGGGCGUCCCGGCCGCCGCAGCCGCCUGAGGAGGGAGAGCCGGGGGCCGUCGCUUCGGAGUCGGGGCUGAGCCGUCCUCGGGGGAGCGCGCGCCCAGCCCGCUGCAGCCGCUGGCCGAGUUAAGCCCAUCCACAGUAAUGGCCGCAGCCUUACCCAGGACCCUGGGGGAGUUGCAGCUGUAUAGAAUAUUACAAAAAGCCAAUCUACUUUCUUAUUUUGAUGCCUUUAUCCAACAAGGUGGCGAUGAUGUACAGCAGCUCUGUGAAGCUGGAGAAGAGGAAUUCUUGGAAAUCAUGGCACUCGUAGGCAUGGCCAGCAAGCCCCUUCAUGUUAGAAGGCUCCAGAAGGCUUUGAGAGACUGGGUUACAAACCCUGGCCUUUUCAAUCAGCCGCUGACUUCCCUGCCUGUCAGUAGCAUACCCAUCUAUAAAUUACCGGAGGGAUCGCCCACGUGGCUGGGAAUAACCUGCAGCAGUUAUGAAAGGAAUAGCAGUGCCCGGGAACCUCAUUUGAAACUCCCCAAGUGUGCUGCCACCACCUGUGUGCAGAGCUUGGGACAGGGGAAGUCGGAUGUGGGGAGCUUAGCGCUGCAGGGCGUCGGUGAGUCCAGACUCUGGCAGAGCCACCAUGCCACCGAGAGCGAGCACAGCCUCUCCCCAGCCGACCUGGGCUCCCCCGCCUCCCCGAAGGAGAGCAGCGAGGCGCUGGACGCUGCCGCUGCACUCUCCGUGGCUGAGUGCGUGGAGCGAAUGGCCCCCACGCUGCCAAAAAGUGACUUGACCGAAGUGAAAGAGCUGCUAAAAACCAACAAGAAGUUGGCCAAAAUGAUUGGUCACAUCUUUGAGAUGAGUGAUGACGAUCCACACAAAGAGGAGGAGAUUCGAAAAUACAGUGCAAUUUAUGGCAGGUUUGACUCGAAGAGAAAGGAUGGGAAACACCUCACGCUUCAUGAGCUCACUGUUAAUGAAGCGGCCGCUCAGCUCUGUGUGAAGGAUAAUGCCCUGCUGACGAGAAGAGAUGAACUUUUUGCCCUGGCUAGGCAGAUUUCUCGAGAAGUCACCUAUAAAUAUACUUACAGAACCACCAAGUCAAAAUGUGGAGAAAGAGAUGAAUUAUCCCCAAAGAGAAUUAAAGUGGAGGAUGGGUUUCCAGAUUUCCAGGACUCCAUGCAGACACUCUUCCAGCAGGCUAAAGCCAAGAGUGAAGAACUCGCUGCUCUUAGUUCACAGCAGCCUGAAAAGGUGAUGGGAAAGCAGAUGGAGUUCCUUUGCACCCAAGCUGGCUAUGAGAGACUGCAGCAUGCUGAAAGGAGACUAUCUGCAGGGCUUUACAGGCAAAGCUCAGAAGAGCACAGCCCUAAUGGCUUGACUUCUGAUAACCCUGAGGGACAAGGAGAAAGACCUUUGAAUCUCCGAAUGCCUAAUUUACAGAACAGACAGCCCCAUCAUUUUGUGGUGGAUGGGGAGCUGAGUAGACUUUACCCCAGUGAGGCAAAGUCCCACUCGUCAGAGAGCCUUGGGAUUUUAAAAGACUACCCUCACUCAGCUUUUACGUUAGAAAAGAAAGUCAUCAAAACAGAGCCUGAAGAUUCAAGAUAGCUGUGAUUCUCCCACUGUUCUCUGGAAAUGGCAUCAGAUUUAAGGAUAAUGCUCCAUCAUAGAAAUAAGCCUUAAUAACCAAUGUUGCCUCAUUCAGCUCAAACAGAUUUCAUAGCCAAAGCAUCAGGACAGAUACAGUGGUCUGUGGAAACCAAGAAGACAGAACAGCCACAAAAGAGAAAAUUGAGAGAAUGUUGCAAUCUGUAACAGAAAUAUUGAUCUAUUCACAUUCCUGUGUAAAUCGUUUUAUGUGGAAAGGCUUACAAAUUAAUAUUGUAAGCAUUCGUUAUUUAAGAAUGUACAAUGUAUUUGUGUAAUUUAUAGAAGUAAAAUCUAGAUGUUGAGACCUGUUCGGUCGAAUAGAUGUGGAUAUAGUUUAUUUUACUUGAAAUUUCGUUGUCUACUUUAAGUGUAUUUAGCAUAAAUAUUAUUAUGUGUCAGAGUUUAGAAUCUUUUCAGUCAUAAAAAAGAAAGUUUAAGUGAUGUAGUUAUUGGCAAGGUUGCAGUGACUUUGGAAAAACGGAAAGCAAAUACUCAAACGAAGGACAAUAUUGUGGAUUUAAUAUUUGAUAACACUGAUUUUGUUUAAUAAGAAAUAUGUCAUUUUUAGUAGUAAAAUGUCAUUUUUACUGGCUUAAUCAGGCACAUUUACACAAUUAAUAAAUAUUGGAGUAAAGUUAAAAAGAUGAGCAACAGAGAAAAUCUCUUUUACCUAGUUGACCCAGAUUGCAUUAUAUGAUAGCUACUUAAGAUGUAACAAAAAUAGGAAGUAAAACAAAAAAUAUUACUUAGAGAACUUGAAACAAGUAGACUGAUGUGUAAAAGCUUGACUUAAAUGUUGCUGUUUCAGAAUGUGUUCAAUAGAUUAAGAUUUAGGAGGUUAACGCUAAAUGUGAUCAGGACGGUGACUGUUAGCAAGGCUAUAAUAUGUAAUGGAGUUGGUACCGUUUUAUAUCCAGAAUUCUUCUCUACGUACCAGAGUCAGAGGAACUAGGUGGCUCUCCCUGGGGAAUGUCUUCCCACCCAGACCAUCACAAGUGUGGGCAAUCACUGCAUCCACAUGUGCAGGCGUAUUUCUGUCACGGUUUAGUUGACACCUAUAUUCUUUAUUUAUUUUACAGUUUCAUUUUUGUACACCUUUCAGAUUUGUGAAUGCAAUUUUUUCUAAAAAUUCCCAUUUUAACUUGAAAGUAUGUAUUGAUUCCCCCUAUUUAAUUAAUGGGCUGUGUGCAUAUAUAUGGGGGUGUGCUUAAAUGUUAAUAACGUACUUGUAUACUUAUGUGAAUUUCACAUUGUAAUCCGUAGUAAAAAAAAAAAAAAAAACCAAAUACCACUUGUACCAAUUUAAUUUUUUCUGUUGGUUUAAGAGGAAAAGAUAUUUGACAGUUUUACCUACUUCCUUCCAGAUUCAUCUAAACCCAGAUAUUGCCAAGAAGAGCGUAUUGACUUGGAAUAUGUGUUUUUUUGUUUUCAGUUCUGCUUUAGGUCAUAACUGUGUAAAAAAUAUUGUCAUAAUCUGUUAUACUAAAAUUCAUCAGCCAAAUGUUAGAUGAAAUGUCUGCACUGUAGUCUCUGAUCACUGUCACAUAUAUAAUUGCUUUUCAUUUCGAUUUGUAGAAAAGCUUUACAGUAGAAACACCAGUAAACAACUUUUAUACUAUUAAAAGGCUUUUUCCCUUCCUAAAUGUUUUAAUUGUACCAUAGUGUUUUGCCCACUGAAGAAGCUUUCUAUGGACCUUGCAACUUUGUUGCUAGCUUGAGGUUGAUUAUUGUGGUUGUAUCGUUCCCUGUGUGUAGAAAUAGUAUGAGUACGAUUUAAAUAGAUUGUUGAGUUUUUAAUAUUAGCCAUAGAACUGGUUAGUAUCUCAGUAGUUUCAUGAAACGUUUCCUGUAUUCUAAUCUAUUUUGAGAAAUUUUGUGGGUUUUUUUAAUUGUCUUCGAGUUCGAGUUUAUGGAUUUUAAUAAGCAACAAUUUUUAAAGAUGCAGUAAUCUUCCAACUAAUAUUUAUCCAUCUUUCAUAGCCCCACAAACUGCAUCUUUAAAUCCAUGAAUAAGUUUCCUUAAAUAUCAUACUUUUCUGGUCUUUCGAGCGUAGUGAUAAAGCGGAAGCACAAGAAAAUUUUCAGUAGAAUAUAGUUUUUAUUUUGUAAACACUAAUGUAUUAAACUUGCUAUACAUUGAAACAAAUAAUAUAUAUUUUUAUUUGAAUUGUAUAUAUGAAUUGGAUGUUAUAACUAGUUGAUUUUUUUCGUUGUAUUAGAGGUAUUUUCACUGAAUAAGGUCAAUUGGUUACCUCAGUAUUACAGCCAAUAUAGUCCAAGGGACCAUUUCUCCCCAAGUCUGUGUUGUACUUUAUUAUGUGAAGUCUGUGUUUCUGUGACUCUUAGAGCUGUUGGUGAGGUGGGACGAGUACACUUGCUUCCUGUGGCAAUAAAGAUUUUCUGUGCCUCACA